UGAGCUGCUAAUAUUUGACUCUCCGGAGAAACGGGGGAGUUUUCGGCAGAUCAGAGGCAGUAAAUCCGUGAAUAAUGCGCGACUGUGUGGACUCUCAUGCUGGGAUUACUGGGUGCGAGUCUUAACCUGGUUAUAAACUGGCUCUGUGCCGUAAAUCGUGAGUAAAGUCCGCUGGCCGGCUUUAUGCCGCUCUGUUAGUAGGCUAGGCUAGGCUAGGCUAGGCUAGGCUAGGCUAGGCUAGGCGUUUUCUCCAGCAUGUAUCCUGCAUGGGGCGGUUAUAGCGGUGGAGGCCCGCAGCCUCAGCACUUCUCUCCACGCAGUCAGCCGUUUCGCGGCCCGCCUCCGCCAGCAGGAGGUUUCGGGGGAUAUGGAGCUCCAUCUCCGGCGGCAUCGUCCAACUUCUCCAGUCUACACGAGCAGCACCUCCAGCAGAUGCAGCAGCUGCAGCAGCUCCACCAGAGACAGCUCCAAUCCGUGCUGCACUACAACAACAACAAUGCUAACACUGCUAACUUCAGCGCUGCUCCGGGUCCGGCGGCUCCUCCACACUGGACCGGACCUCCGGCAGGAUUUCCACCGCCUCCGGCUCACUUUAACCCGGAUCCUUCUCAAAACAGAGGCCCACCUGAACUCCCACCUGUACCUCCACCUGCGCCCAUCACUUCAACACCAACACACACCUCGAACACCGCCACCACCAACAAUGCACACACCUCCUCCUCCUCCACCACAUCCACCGCGCUGAGUGAUGUAAGUACACAUCCAGAGCCGAAAGAGAAGGCCACCGACCUGUCCGCCAUGUCGCUACAGGAGCAGCAGGAUUACUGGUAUAAGCAGCACCUCCAAAACCUUCUGAAGUUGAAGAAUGAGAAGGCAAAGCAGGGUAGCAGUGACGCGGCCUCACAAGGAAACACCGACAUGCCACCAGUCCCGCCCCCGCCCAAUGAAGCCCCACCCCCUCCACCACCUACAGAGGAGCCUCCUCCCCCUCCCCCACCUGACGACAAGCCCAGCAUGGUGGAGUCUGCAGACCCGGCGGAGGCAGCAAGGUUACAGCAGUUGCAGGCAGCAGCAGCUCAGUGGCAGCAGGUUCAGUACCACAGAGCAGGGUACCAGUACCAGGCCCUAAUGCAGGAACAUACACAACUCCAGCAGAUUCUCCACCGGUACCAACAAGUCAUCCAGCAACCUGCACAUAUACAGUCUAUGCCUGUAGACAUGCAAUUGCAGCACUAUGAGAUGCAGCAGCAGCAGUUUGCUCCAGUGCUGCAGGACUGGGAUAGACACUUUAAGCUCUGGCUGGACCAGUUCCAGGCGUAUCCCCACAAAGACCAGUUACAGGAGUAUGAAGGUCAGUGGAGACAGUGGCAGGAGCAAAUGAACUCCACUUCAGCACAUCUAAACGAGCGAGUGACCACACUGAGGGGUAUGAAACAGCCGUAUGGAACUGGUGACUCUUACGGAGGUAUGGUGGGACCGUAUGGACAGCCUCCUCCUUCUGCACCAGACAUGGGCUCCUCUAUGGCACCAAACAGUAGGGAUCUUUCCUCAGGCCCUCCUCAGGGCACACAUCCAACCAAUCUUCCAGGAACAAAUGCUGUGGAAUUGGGUCCACCUCCAGGAUUAGAGGGUCCUGUUGGUCCACCCGGAGCAGGGGCAAGACAGCCUGGUCCUCAUGGAAGGUUUGAAGGCCCAAGAGGUCCAAGGUUUGAAGGUCCUAGAGGUCCGAGAUUCGAACCACCAUCACAACAACGAUUUAGUGGACCGCCCAGAUUUGAUGUUGGUCAGCGCUUUGGCAUGCCUCCCGGAGGUAAUCAGAUUCGAUUAGGACCUCCAGGUAGAUUUGAGAAUCCUCUGAGGCAGAGUCUACCUUCUCGCUUUGAGAGACCUCCUGGACCACACCUGGGUCCACCCACAGGCCCACCUCCACUGUCUGGUGGAGGUCCUCCACCAGGACCCGGUUUGUCACAAGAUAAGCCUGUUCCUGUAAUUCAGACUAAUUCGCAGCUGGGUAAACCUGAUUCUUCUCAGGGUUCUGUACCUCAGAGUGUGACCACAGGCAAGAAUGAAAACCGAACCCCUCAACCUGAAACGGAACAAAAGUCCAUGUCAGAUGAUGUAAUAGAUUCAGAAGAUGGUUUCUUUGUUCAAAGUGAUCCUAUUCCUCAGUCUCAGGCUGACAAAGGCAAGAAGGCUGAGACAGUCAGACAGGCUGCUAAGGAGGAGGAAUCAAAAAAUGAUACCUCCAAAACACCUGCAUCAACCUCCUCAUCCACAUUUGUCCCACCAACGCAAACCCCAAGUACUGGCAAUAAAACCCCAGAAGCACCAAAAAAUAUCAGUGCAUCACAACAACGACCACAGCCUCAACAAAUCCCAUUCCAAUCUGACAUGCCCAAGGAACCUCCUGGUAAACCACAAGUGAUGAAUCAGAGUGGCCCUCCACGUGCUCUCCGUGGCCGGGGGAGGGGUCAAGGUCCUUUACCGUUGCGAGGAAGAGGACGUGGUCGAGGACAAAUGGGCAGACCUAUGGGUCCUCCAUCUAUGUCAGAUCCCAAUUAUCAUGUGGAAGAUGCUCCAUAUGACCAGCAACCACCAAUGGAAGAGGAUUUUGGUUGGGGGGACCAUUCCCAAGAACCACAUGAAAUGAUUGAUGACCAAGAAGCUCAUGAGAUUUGGCAGCCAGAAGAGCAUCACUUCCAGAAAGAAUAUUAUGAAGAGACUGAAGAGCGAGCACCACCUAGAGGUCGAAUGGAUCCUCCAGAGGGACCGCAGGAACACUGGGAAGAGGAACAAUCGGAGUAUUGGGAGGAGGGAGAUCCAUACUGGGCAGAGAGAAGACCUCCAAUGAUCCGUCAUAGACCCUCUUUUGGUCCUGAAGGACCUAGGCGUCCUCCUUUCCAACCACGCUUUAUGCACCAUGGUCCACGACGUCCUCCACCACCACUGGAUAUGGAACGUGACCCACAUGGCCCUCCUCCUCACAUGGGGCCUCGCUUCCGACGUGGUGGUCCAGGUCCCUGGGGGCCACCACCACGCCAUGACAUAAGACGGCCCCCUCCACCACCUCAUGAAUUGUUGGAGCGGGAAUCACCUGGGUACCAUGAAGAAAUGGACAGAGAGCCUGGUUGGCCUCAUGCACAUAGCCGAGAACCAAGGCACCUUCCUUUACCCCCUCAUGAAAUGAUAGAGAGGGAUAUGAGAAGGCCGCCCAUGCGACCACAUCCAAUGGCAAGGGAUAGGUGGAGAAGACCUCCACAUGAAGAUCCUCAGGGAGCAUAUGAGCAAGAAUAUGGCACGGAGUUUGGCCAUGAGGAUGAUGGGUAUGGAAGACCUCCAUCUGAUUUCCGUCACCGGGAUUACAGGGAAGACGAAGAAUUUUACCAAUCGAGAGAGGAGUGGAGACGAGAACAUCCAGAUUGUGGUUUUCCUCUACAUCCACCACGUAGGCCACCACCAGAUCACCUCCGAGAUGAUCCCUGGAGGGAGGAAAGGGACGGACCAUUCUCGUACGAGAACGAAGAUCGAAUUAGGGCAGAACGAAGAGGACCUGGUUAUGCCGACGGAACUCUGUAUAGGGAGAGAGAUCAGGAACCUCCCUUCCAUUCUCGUCCUGAUUGGGAAAGACCUCCACCACCUCCACUGCCAGAGAGAGUGUACCCAGGUCCCACUGAAGAAACUCGACCUCUUUAUGAUCGGAACCCAGAACAUCCCAUAGCACCACAGAGCGGUGUUCCAGAAGCUCCACUUGAUCAGAUGUCACCAGGUGGAACCAAAACUGUUCUUGCGCUUUCUCAAAGGCAGCAUGAGAUCAUCCUCAAAGCUGCUCAGGAGCUGAAGAUGAUAAGAGAGCUGCAAGAGAGUAAAAAGGUUCUGGGAGAUGCUUCUAAUCUGGAGUCUACUGGACUUCCACCUGAAAUUCCUGCUGGUCUCCUUGGUCUUGAAAUUCCACCUGAGGUCAAAACUGCCCUUCAGGACGUUUCCGGUAGACUCUUGGAAUCUGGAAUGCACCAACCAAACCAAGUUUCAGAUUUCCUCCAUACAGCAUCAGCACCACCUCCUAAACCCACCUUCAUUGCUAAAACAGUGGAUUACGGUCAUGGUCAUGAUGUGGGGGCCAAGGUGGAAAGGAUCUCCUACGGGGAGAGGAUAGUACUGAGGCCUGAUCCACUGCCAUCUGAUCGACCGUAUGAGAAAGAAUUGCUUGGACGUCGUGAUCCAUACUACGAUAGAAGAGGAGAUCCCUUCGGGGAUCAGCGGGAGUAUGGAAGAGAUCGGGAAAGAGAAAUCUUCAGAGACAGGCCGUCCUUGGAUUACGAUAGGGAUCGACUUGAAAGAGAGCGCUACUCCAGAGACGAGAGGCCACCCCCAGGCCCACCUCGCCCUGCUUACCGGGAACGAGAGAGGGAUGUAAGAGAGCACUCGAGUCGCUCCAGCCGGGAUCGGGAGCCGUAUAACCGCCCAGGCUAUGAACGAUCAUCAUAUGAAAGAAGUCUUGAGCGCUAUGAUCAUGGGGCUUCAAGUUAUGGAAGUGACAGGAGGAGUUACCCUGAUGAACCUCCACCUCCCUCUGUUCCCCAACGUUUGGAGAAGAAACCCGAGACCAAGAACGUUGAUGAUAUUCUGAAACCACCUGGACGAGCGAAUCGUCCUGAUAGGAUUGUGGUAAUAAUGCGAGGGUUACCGGGAAGUGGUAAGAGCCAUCUGGCAAAGCUCAUCCGGGAUAAGGAGGUGGAGUUUGGAGGAGCUCCACCCAGAGUGCUCGGCCUCGAUGACUAUUUCAUGACUGAAGUGGAGAAAGAAGAGAAAGACCCUGAUACUGGGAAACGUAUUAAAACUAAGGUCCUUGAGUACGAAUAUGAGCCAGAGAUGGAGGACACCUACAGGAACAGUAUGCUGAAGACCUUCAGGAAGACUCUGGAUGAUGGCUUCUUCCCCUUCAUCAUCCUUGAUGCCAUCAAUGAGAAAGUGAAGUACUUCGACCAGUUCUGGAGUGCAGCCAAGACCAAAGGGUUCGAGGUGUACGUGGCCGAAGUCUCCGCUGACCAUCAGACCUGUGCCAAGAGGAACAUCCAUGGACGCAAGCUGAAGGACAUCACAAAGCUGGCGAACAGCUGGGAGUCGGCCCCGGUGCACAUGGCACGUCUGGACCUGCGCUCACUGUUGCAGGAUGCUGCCAUUGAGGAGGUGGAGAUGGAGGACUUUAACCCAUCUGAGAUGGAUGCUGCAGCUGAGGAGAAGAAGGAGGAAGAGGAUGAGGCAGAUCUGGGAUACCUUCCCAAAAGCAAAUGGGAGAUGGACACAUCCGAGGCCAAACUGGAUAAGCUGGAUGGUUUAGCUGGAGGAGGUAAGCGGAAGCGAGACGUCUCGGCUAUGGAAGACUUCUUACAGCUGCCUGAUGAUUACGCCAGCCGCAUGUCCCAACCGGGGAAAAAAAGGGUGCGCUGGGCCGAUCUGGAGGAGCAGAAGGACGCUGAUCGGAAGCGAGCGAUCGGGUUUGUAGUGGGACAGACGGACUGGGAGAAGAUCACUGAUGAGAGCGGACAGUUAGCUCAGCGUGCGCUCAAUCGCACUAAAUACUUUUAGAGCCGUUUGUACUCGUCCUCUGUACACACAACACACGGUUCUUCUCUGUGGCGGUCGUGAUGGGGAGGAGCUCCAUGCUGUGAUUAUCUGUUAUGCAGAUUAGGCCACGCCCAUCUCUGACAGUCCUCUACAGUAUCUUAAAUGUUUUCUUAGCCUGAAUGUUUAUUUUUUUUUUAGUUUUUUAUGUGUUAAUCAGGUGAUGUCCUGCAGUUAUUGAUGUUUAUUUGAUGCGAGGUGUUAGCCUGUGUUUUUGUUUUUUAAUCUAUAUUCUCCAUAUGUUCCUCUCAGACUGUACUCUCUCAUACACACACCAAUAAACAGCACAGUAAACAGUG